AUGCAGUCAACUUGCCAACCGCAUCAGCCUCAACAACAAAAUGCUACUUCAGCAAAUCGCACUUCUUUUUUAAUUGAGGAUAUUCUCAGUCGUGGUAGUGUUGAUCCUUCUGGACAUACUCAUCCAGGACAAUUGCAUCAUCAACUUUCAUCAACACACGCCCAACAUCAUCAACAAUAUCAACAAUUAACAAGUUUUUUACCAGGAUAUCCAACUGGGCCACCAACUGCAGCGUUUUUUCUUGGACCUCUUUUUGGUACCGCGGGUAUGGGUGUCGGUAUCGUUCCAAGUACAGGCGAGUACUCAGCACUUAAAAAUUGUCGCCGCCGGAAAGCUAGAACUACCGGACAAUACUAA